AUGUCAGCUCAAACAUUAACCCCCCUGCCUCUCGUUGCGGAAGCCACCCCAAAGGACAACCACAAGCACAAUGACAGCCUCCCCCACAACCCUGUCUUCGCAGCCCACGGCCUGCCCCCAGAUAUGACAAUCGGCAGCAACACCGCAGGCGCGCACCCUUCCUCAACCACGCGCCCCAUCCACCACAUGGAAUGGGACAAGCACAGCGAAAGCGGGUACGUUGUCUCGCAACACAUGAUCAAUGAGUCUCCGCCCAGCAAGCCUACCUUCAGAAUAAUCAUGGUCGGCGCGGGCGCAGCCGGGAUCGACUUCCUGCACUAUGCACCGCGCAAGCUCGCCGGGCUGGGCGUAGAGAUCGCCGUCUAUGACAAGAACGCCGAAAUCGGCGGGACAUGGUUGGAGAACCGGUACCCCGGGUGUGCGUGCGAUGUGCCGAGUGUGGGGUACACGUUUCCGUGGAAGGCGAAUCCGCGGUGGGAGAGCUUUUACUCGACGAGUCAGGAGAUUUGGAGGUAUAUGAAGGAGAUCGUGGAGGAGGAGGGGAUGAUGUCGUAUAUUACUCUGCGGACGAGUGUGGAGGGGGCGAGGUGGGAUGAGGGGAGGAGUGUUUGGGUUGUGAGGCUGAGGCAGGAGGGGGGGAGGGGGCAGUGGGAGGAGGAGUGUGAUAUGCUUCUUAACGGGGCGGGAUUUCUAAAUGCAUGGAAGUGGCCGGAAAUCCCGGGCCUUCAAUCGUUCAAGGGCGAUAUCUUCCACUCGGCGAGCUACCAGGAGGACUACGACCUCAAGGGCAAGCGGGUGGCCGUGAUUGGGUCUGGCAGCUCUGGAGUCCAGGUGUGUGCGUCGAUCUACCCAGAGGUGGCAGAGUUGUAUACCUGGGUUAGAAGCCCAACCUGGAUCACCGCUGCGUUUGGACAGCAGUUUGCUGGCAAGGAUGGACGCAACUUUGACUACACAGAAGAGCAAAAGAAGGCGUUUGAUGGCGACCGAGAGCAGUACCACAGGUACAAGAAGAUGAUCGAAAAUGAACUGAACAAGCGAUUCAAGCUUGUGUUGAGGAACACAGCAGAGUCAGACGAGGCGAAUGCAUACGCAUACAAGGAAAUGUCAACGAAACUAGCCAACAAGCCUGAACUGCGCGAGGCAAUCAUCCCGUCAAGCUUCAACGUCGCCUGCCGCCGCCCAACACCCGGAAACGGAUACCUGGAAGCCCUGGCUGGCGACAAAACCACGGUUUUCACCAGCAGCAUCCAGGGAAUCUCCGAAAAGGGGGUCAUCGACUCAGCCACGGGCAAGGAAUUCGAGGUCGACGUGAUAAUCUGCGCAACAGGCUUCGAUACCUCCUUCCGACCUCGAUUCCCCAUCACAGGGCUCGACCCCGGGGUCACACUGGCUGAGAAAUGGAGUUCGUUCCCGGCGAGCUACCUGGGCGUUGGCGUGGAUAGAUUCCCAAAUUACUUCACAUGCUCGGGGCCGUUUACGCCUGUUGCGCAGGGGUCGAUUCUUCCGAUCAUUUCCAUGUUGACAAACCACCUGAUGGAAAUCAUCACGAAAAUGCGCACGCAGCAUAUUCGCCGUCUGAGUCCCAAGCCUCAAGCCGUUGCUGACUUUAUGGAACACGCACGCACAUUCCUCCCGCGGACGUGCUGGGCAGAUCCGUGUUCCUCGUGGUUCAAGCAGGGGACCACAAACGGUCCAAUUAUCAUGUGGCCAGGCUCGAGACUUUCAUUUUUUGAAGUCCUGCGCCAUCCGAACUUUGAAGACUACGAAAUCGAGUACUGGAAUAACGGGAACAGAUGGGGCUUUCUAGGCGAGGGCUUUGUGGAUUUCGAAUUUACAGGCAGCAGGGAUCUGACCUGGUAUCUGGAUGCCUACUCGGAUAACAAGGAGUGGGAGGGAGGCGUGGAGUUCAAUAAGGACCCAUAUGAGUUUCGCGAUGUGAGUGGCGGCACUGUGCCGAGAGUGUCUAGAUAG